CUGUGCUGUGUAUGCGGAACUGAUGAAGAGAGUAAAUAAAACCCUACUGGCAGCUUGAACUUCAUCUCAACACAGAAUUGAAGAGCAGCGAAGAUGACAAACGUGUACUCUUUCGAUGGCAUUCUUGUGUUUGGACUUCUGUUCAUUUGCACGUGUGCGUACCUGAAGAAGGUUCCUCGUCUCAACGGCUGGCUCCUGUCUGAGAAGAAAGGUGUGUGGGGAGUCUUUUAUAAAGCUGCAGUGAUCGGCACACGACUGCACAUCGCUGUGGCGGCAUCCUGUUUGUGUAUGGCCUUUUACCUCAUAUUUCUCAAAUGACCGGGAUGAAUCAGUACAGGACUCUAAGAUGCUGAUGGACAUGCGGUGCGGUCAGGAGUCGCCGGCGGAUGGAGAAGAUGCACAGAAACCCUCCUCCAGCUGCGGUUUAGCGCUCAUUUAAGAUCUGCUUUCCACUUUUGUAAAUGUGUAACUUAAAAAUAGAGUCUGAAGGGGAAUUGGGUCUCAGAUCAGGGUCACUUCUGCUGGAUGUGGAGCAUCUGAUUAUGGACUUCACACAUGGUUUGUGGUGUCGUUCUCUCAAACAUGCACAUUUAUGAUUGAGCUUAUGGGAUAAAGAAGGCAGAAUCCAAGUUAUUUUGUACAAAAUAACAUUUUAUACAAGUGUCUUCUCAUUAUUUUAGCUUACGUUAUCGCUUAAAGGGAUAGUUCACACUCAAAUUAAAGCUAUCAUCAUUUACUCAUGCUUGUAAAUCUGUUUGAUUUAAUUUUCAAUAGGAGAUAUUUUGAAGAAUGUUACAAAUUGGUAGCCAUUAACAUCUAGAGUAUUUAUUUAUCCUACUAUGAAUGUCAAUAGCUAUCGGUCUUCUUAAAUAUAUACUUUUUUUUGGUUCAACAACAAAAAAAGUUAACUUUUAUAAAGGUUUGAAAUCACUCAAGAGUGAGUAAAUGUACAUUUUAGUGUGAGCUAUGCCUUUAAAUGACCCUAGAUGUUUAGGAGUCAUUUUGAUUUGCAGAAUAAGAAGAUGAGCAUGGAAACGUCAUAUAGUUUCAUGCAGUCUGAGAGUAACCUAAAUGUGAUUUUUAGUUUAGUAAUGCUGAUAUAUAGCUCAAAACUACACAUGUAUGAAAUUAUUUUCUUCAUAACACGUAUUCAAUAAUAUAUUUCAAAGCAAAUCAUCCUGACACACACUAUGUAGUUGCAUAGCAUGUCUGUUCAGAUCAGUUUAGUUAAGUUUAUUCACUUUUUCUUUUAACAAACAUGCGUCUCACAGUAAAUAUGGAUGAUAAUGGGUAAUUCCUGAGGUUUUGGCUCCAGAAAACAAACAGGAUGGUAUAAUAUUAAUUUAAAAAUCACAAUUGCAGGAGGAAAACACACUACAGAUUGGAUCCUACACAUUCAUAUGAGUUUUUCAGAUUGAAAACACAGAUUUUAUUCCCCUCUGAUGUUUCUGUAUGUUUAAACCCUAUGAUGCUCAGUGUAUAAACCUUUUACACAGCACAAAAAAUACACAUGCCAAGAUGUUCUGUAGUAUUUAUGCCUUUAGUUGUGUGUGUGUGUGUGUGUUACAGCAGCCUCUCACCAUUUCUUCACGUACUUAAACUUCGUUCAGCUUGUAAAUCAGCAGUCGUGCUCUCAAACUGAUAGCAAAUGAUAGUUGUUGGGUGUUUCAUAUUUGUAAACAUGUGGAAUAUAAUAAAUAUUUGAUAUAAAACCCUAUGCAACACAAUACUAA